CGGCUCUGCAGAGCUGUGCCAUUUGAAUUUCAGCACAGACAUCCACGCACUGUGCUCUCCAUUUCUGGCGCGUCUCCCAGCGCAGAGUUUAGCUGAGGCUCGGGUUUAGUUUUCCCUCCUCUCUCUCCCUGUAGUGACAGCUUCUCCGGGCUCUGCUAGCCAGCACUCCUGAGCGAUCAUGGAGGAUACUACUUUGCAAAUUAUCGAACCACCAACUGCUUCUGAGGCCUCUGAGGAGCAAGUGCCUGAAGAACCCAUCAAAUCAGACCAGAUCAAUGGUGUGAUGGUGCUGACCCUUCUGGACAAGAUCAUUGGAGCGGUGGAUCAGAUCCAGCUGACCCAAACACAGCUGGAGGAGAGACAGCAAGAGAUGGAUAGCGCAGUGACCAGCAUCCAGGGAGAAUUAACCAAGCUGACAAAGGCGCACACCACCACCAGCAACACCGUGAACAAGAUGCUGGAAAAAGUGCGCAAGGUGAGCGUCAACGUGAAAACCGUUCGGCAGAACCUGGAGAAGCAAGCUGGGCAGAUCAAGAAGCUAGAGGCCAACGAAGCGGAGCUCCUGAAACGCAGAAACUUCAAAGUCAUGAUCUACCAGGAUGAAGUGAAGCUCCCGUCUAAACUGAGCAUCAGCAAGUCUCUGAAGGAGGGUGAAAAGCUAGAGAAGGAAGGCGAGGGCGAGGAGGUGCCUGUGGGUGAGGACCAUGCAGAGGAGGACCACGUCCAGCUCUCCUCGGAUGAAGAGGUGGAGAUUGAAGAGAUUAUCGAAGAGUCACGGGCAGAGCGCAUCAAAAGGAGCGGCAUGAAAAGAGUGGAUGACUUUAAGAAGGCAUUCUCAAAGGAGAAGAUGGAGAAGACUAAGCUAAAGACCAAGGAAAACCUGGAGAAGACUCGCCACAACUUGGAGAAGACCCGCCACAACCUGGAGAAGAGGAUGAACAAACUGGGCACCAAGAUUGUGACUAACGAAAGGAGAGAGAAGAUGAAGACCUCUCGGGACAAGCUGAGGAAGUCUUUCACCCCUGACCACACCAUCUAUGCCAGGUCCAAGACAGCCGUCUACAAAGUGCCACCUUUCACUUUCCACGUCAAGAAAAUAAGAGAGGGCGAGGUGGAAGUGAAAGCCACGGAGCUGGCGGAGGUUGGUGGAGAGGAGGGAGAAAACUCGGAUCUGCUGCGUGGGGAGAGCCCCGAGAUGCACACGCUGCUGGAGAUCACGGAGGAGUCCGACGCGGUACUGGUGGACAAGAGUGACAGCGAGUAGGACAGGCUGCAGCGCGGAAGGGUUGUGGACGACGGCUGAACACGUAAUCAUUCACAUUUCGAGAUCUCUCUCUGCCCUGGUGCCCCAGGGGAAGUGUACACAAUGCCUCUUUACUACCCUGCAGAGCCGACGCCAAUCCCCUGCCUGCUAGGACAAGGUGUAUUUUAUAUUUUAGUUUUAGCACACAGAAACGUUAGGAACACGGGACUGUUUUUCUUACACUGUUAAAUCACCCUUGGAGACCAUGCCGGCUGCAGGCUGCGUGAGAGCCUGCUAGCACCAGACCUGAAGACGAGCGUUGAGUGACGGGGACCCGGCCCAGCUGGAGAGUGCUAAAACCAAGAUAACGGCUGUACACCUGGAAAGCUCAAGUGUCCUCCAUAAGCAAAGACCUGGUGUCAAGAAAGCUUCCUGCCGAGCAGCCCACCGGCCCACGCCACCCCGCUCCCUGUGCCAGGCUGCGCGGCCAUCCCCGCAGGCAGGAGGGCUCCGGCACCCAAGCUGGCCACCCCUUCGGGGGAGCAGAGGAACUGUGAUGCACCCACGUGCGGGAGGGAAGAGCCGAGGGAGUCCUGUUGGCGGGCAGAGGACGGGCGAAGCUGCCAGCCGCGCGGCAGGCAGGCGGGCCCGCUCCUCUCUGCCCUCCCAAGGACUGCAUCACGUUGCGGGGCCCGGGACGGCUUCGCCACAGAGCC